AUGUCGAGAGACCCAGAGCUGCCGCCUUUCGAGAAUAUCCGCGCCGCGACUUUGGUUGAUCUGCCCCGAAUAGCGUCAGUUGCGGCGGCAGGCUUCUUCUGGUCUCCAACUUUUCAGUUCCAACGACCUUAUCACGCCGACUUUCCCGAAGACACUAUCUCUUCAUAUUGGUUCGAAUAUCACGAAGAGAUUGUUGAUCCGGCAAGCAUUGUGCUUGUAGCGGAAGAUGUCUUCGACCCCCAUGAGGACGAAAGCGUGUACGAUGCUUUAAGAAAGUGCUCUCUGCACAAGCAAGGAAAGAAUGAGCAGGUCAAGGUGGUCGUGGGUGUUUGCAGUAUCAACUUGAGGCCAGGCUCCCCUUUCAUAGGGCGCUUGAAUGAGGAAAGAGCCUGGCGUAAGCACACGACACCACGGCUCCUCACAAGCCCUGACAUGCUGAAAGCCCAGAUGCAAUCUCCAGCGAUGCCUAGGAAGUUAAGCAGAGAUCAGAGUGCCAGAGCAGUUAAACAAUAUGAGGAUGCGACCGGCUCAGCAAAGAAGAGACAUUUGGCCGGUCUGAUGAGACUUUCCACAUUAGCCGUUCAUCCAGCUUAUUGGCGCCGCGGGCAUGCUACUCGACUUGUUAGUUGGUGUAUGAGACUUGCUGACGCUGAGGCUGCGCCCAUCGGGAUCUCAGCUGCGCCUAUGGGAGCAUCUAUUGCUGUACAAGCUGGGUUCGAAGAGAGGGAAGUUGUUUCAUUCAGAGGAGAGUUGCCCCGUUCUGUUUUGAGCGUGGAUGUGAGGCUCUGGAUCGGUGUGCGUCCGCCGUCAGGAUCGCCGUCCGAAAGCAGCACGGUGUAUUCGGAGUCAUCUGCGCCAGAUAUACAGCCAUUUGGGGACAUCAAACAUGGAUAA